AAAGGAGGCAGCCGGCGAAUGCGUUUCGCCUUCCAUUUUUCACCUCCGAAAAAGCCGCGAAUUGAGUUCCAUCGGUGAGAUAACGAUUGGUGAUUUACCCCAAAGCGUGCGUUGUCUUAUCGAGUAGGCAAUUGGCUGGCCCAGCGAUCACAGGUUGCACAACCCAUUAACCGGAAUAGCAAAUAUCCUAUAGUUAUAGUAUAGAAACACAUCAAGAUGGCGAGCAUGGGCACUGGCUUUUCCAAGUGCUUUAUACUCUUCAUGGCGAUUGUCAUACUCGUCCAGGGAGUCGCCUAUUUGGGCUUGUCCAUCUGGGGCAUCACCUUCCGGGAAUGUCCGGAUGGGGUUACUGACUUCAGCGAGAAUCCCUUCAAAUAUGCUAUGGAACUGAUUUACUUUACGGAACAGGAAUGUGGUGAUCCUGUGCUGAAGGUAAACCAAAUUCAAGUGGACUUAAACAUGGAUUGGGCUAAGUCCUUUGCCAUAACCAACCGGGAAUUCAUUUUCAUGAUAACCUAUGCAGUGGUAAGUGGACUUUGGGUAGCUACUUCGGUACUGGUAAUUACCACCUUGUGUAAUCGCACCACCAAGCUGAUCUCCGGAGUGGUCUAUUGGCCCUGGUUUUUAUCCGUUCUCGCAGGCAGUAUCCUCGAUGUGGUGGCCUCAGUGUAUCAUGGAAUCGACUUAACCCAUACUACGUCCAUGCAAGAAGCACUCAAUUACAUUGGAGUUAAAUAUACUGAUACUGCCAGUGAAGUUUGGAGCGUCAUGGAGCCAUUCGGUGUUUACUUUUCGACGCCCUCGAUUUUGUUGCUGUGCCUCACCACCCGCGUGGCCAUCAUCUGGCUGUUGAACAUCAUUGGAGUCAGCUUCUGUCUGUCCUUGUCCGGUAUAAUGGCUCAGCAAAAUGCCGCCAAAGCCGCGGUGAGCAGGAGUCAGGCUCCCACCCGCCAGCCGACUCCACUGCCAGUGCCUGCGGUGGUCCAACCGGUGGUGGAGGCCACUCUAGUGCAGGCCAUUCCGCCCUCGGCCCCGCAGGAAAGCCCCCAGUAUCCGGAGCAGAUCCGCCCCAAGCCGCUGCCCAUCUACAUUCCCUCGGAGCAGGGCGUGCAGCGUCAGGACUCCCGGCCGUAUGCACCCGGAGAUCGCACCACUCUGCAGUCGCCGGUGAUGGUGCUGCCGCCGCAAGUUCCCCAGCAGAGGGAUGUGGUCUCUCCCCAGCCGGACAUCAACACCUAUCGCACCACCGAGGCCCAUCCCGAUCGUCUCAAUUAUCCACCAUCAGAACCACCAACGCCUCGAGCUCCUUCACCGGCGGUCCAACAAUUGGCAGUGACUUCGCCGCUGAACACUCGCUACAGCGAGAUGUAUCCGGCUCCAGUUAACCCACGUGUCAGCGAGGAGCUGCGCAACCAGAUGCCUUGGUCUUACACUAGCAUGGUGACCAAACCUCCACCGCCGCCACGCAAGCCGAAUCUGCAGGUGCAGAUCUAUCCGCAGAUCCCGGAACCCGACUAUGCGGAUCACUAGUGCAUAAAGUAGUGGAUGCAGCUCGGAGCUGAUUUGUGGUUAAUCAGCCUGGAUGCGCGGUUGUGAAAAGUUUUGUGUUAUUGUUAACUUUAUUGCAUAAAGCUAAAGCUGAUGGCCAACUGAA